AUGACAGACAGUGGCGCACCAAUCCAAAACACAGAAUCAGUGCAUUCCAUUUUAAUGGCGGAGCCGCACGAGCAACUCCGCAUGGAAACCGCUCAGAACAUGCUGGACAGUGCAAACCACGACCCAGUCUUUAUGAAGGCCGUUGCUGUGGAAGCUCGUAGCAUCAUCAAUCUGUGUUACCCUGAGGCUGCCUCAGAAUUCUUCAAGGCAAUUCUUGAUGCUUCCAACAAACUGGGCACUGAGAAACAGAAAGCGCUGUUGAUGGUUUCCUAUGGACAAUCUCUUCAGAACACAAGUAGUUUGGCUGUGAAAGAAGCACAAUGGCAUUUCAAAAGCGCUUUGAGAAUUCUUCAGAAUUAUGGCUGUGAUUAUCAAUGUUUGCUGAUAUACAACUAUAUGAGUCUUAACUACUACAGGCAGGGCAAACUGGAGAAAGGAAUAAGGGCUGCAGAGAAAGCUCUAGAAACAACUGUCUUUGAUCAAGAUAGAGCCGACGUUGAGCACGCUAAGAUCUAUUCUUAUGUGCACCUUACACACAACCUUAUCUUUACUGUCUGGUGGAAAGAAGGAGCUGUCUUCUUUAUGGCGGGAAACCAUUCCAAAGCUGAGCAAGUGCUGCAUGAACAACUGACCCUGGUCGGAGAAUCUGGACAUCCAGCCGUCAGUUAUAUGCUAAACAACGUUGGACUUAAUAUUGAACGCUCUGGUGGUUUACCAAAUUUGGCGUUGCAGUUCUAUCUGUCUUCACUGUUCACCAAAAGAAGCAUCUCUUGUGUGCAAGAACACAUUCUGGUUCCAACAUUGUGCAAUGUUGCCGGACAGUUUUCCAAGAACAAACAUCGACAUGAUUUAGCCCUGAACUUCUUACAAGAAGCAAAAGAGAUCCGCACACGAAUUGGCUGGGUUCACCCCUACACGGCACUGGUGAUGUGGAAUAUUGGCAUGGUGAACAUGAGAAAAGGCUGCUACGAGGAGGCUCUUCCGUUCCUCUGCAAAGCCAACAGUUUGUAUGACCAGGUGCACCCGAACCACUACGUCAAUGCAGAGGUGAAGAUUUGGCUGUCACACUGUUUGCAUUUACUAGGGGAUAAAUCAGAAGAAGAGAAGGUCCUGUUGGAGGCUUUGGCGAAGAAGGACAGGUUUUUGUUGCUCCGUCCACAGACUGAAGCGGCCAGCUGCAUCCUUGAGCAUCUUGUCAGACUGAAUGUUGAUAACCGACAGAAAUGUCAAGAAUACUUAACCAAACUGCAUUCCGAGUUGCAGAGGCUGUACCAUUUCCAUUCAAUUAGUAAUGGAGCACAAAAGAACUACAAAGAACUCUACGAUUGGUAUGUCAAAAUUGAGAACAAUCUAAAAGAAAAUAUUCCAUUUCGGCACGAUUUGCUGAACUUACCUUUCACUUGUCUCGCUUGUAAAGAAGCCAUUAAGUUUAAAAUGAGCAAGAAAGAAAUUUAUGUGGAAAGUCUUUGCAAUAUUAAUUCACAGAACGUUUCUACAGAGCAUUCAGCUCCCUGUGGAUUGGCUCCUUCUUCACCUGAAUACAAUCAGUCAAGUUCCCAGAAUUUUACUGCCCGUUUGAAUAAAUUCAGAAACAUUGCUUCCGACACAAAUAAUGACGAACAUGACAAAAACAUGCCCAAGUUUGAUUUACUUUUCAAUUCAGUGUCUUUAAGUGAAGACGGAGGAGAAAACAUUUGCCCUUCUUCAGGUACAGUAAAUCAAACAUUCACCUCUUCAAGUCAGCAAGAAGAAGAUUGUUUAAGACAAGAUACAAUGUUGCCCAAUGUCUCACUUCUUGGAAGCCUGACAUCUCAAAGUUUUUCUGAACGACAGAUUAAAAAUGGAGAGAAUUUCAGUUCAGCUUUAAGUAAUCCAAAGGAAAUGAAAUCAGAAGUACCAAUUCUCCCAGAAGGAAGCCUUGUUGAUCCUCAACGUUUUGAUACACAGGAAAGUUCUUUAACAUGGGUAAAACCUAGGUGUACAGUGUUGCUUAAAACCAUUGAAGAAAAUGGUUAUCGUACCAUAUCUCAACUAGAUACCUUAAAAGAAAAUUUAAGAAGUUUAGGAACAGCUGUUCAUGGUGUUAGGGAUUAUGUUCGGCAGUGCAGUAUGAACAAUAAGAAACCCAUUAUUAAAUGUAAGGCCCAGGAUCCAUUGGAGCUGCUAAGGCGUCUGAAUUUAGAUCCACCUAGACAGAAAACGGGCAACAGGAAUCAUAACCACAUGUCUAUUUCACACUUUAGUGACACCCCCUCUGUUGGGUUUGGGGCUUUGAAAAAUAGGGAUCCCAAUCCAAGUCUCGAAACACUUGAUUCAUUAUUUUGCAGUGACUCUGAUUCAUCAACUGUUUUACAAACAAGGAGAGGUUCUUCUUUCACAAGCUCUUUGUUCUCUGACAAUUUUGGGAGGUUACAAUCUUCAGAAAAUUAUGAUAGAACAUGGCUUGGAAGUGCACAAGAAUGUGCAGAAAUUAAUGUUUCAAAUUUGCUCAGCAGUAGUAGAGCUUGCCAACAUGAUGAACUGUUUCAAACAGAUAGGAAACAUUCUGAGCAAUUGCAGAGUGAUAAAAGAGACUAUGGAUUGUCUCAGACUUCCUCAAAGUGCUGGGAGCAGUUUAUGACAUAUGAGGAAGUCCCUGAGCACUGGAAGAGGCAUCGGAAAGACUCCACAGUGUUUCAGAAAAGCACAAGUUGCUAUGAGUUUAUGACAGACAGUAAAGGCCCUGAGCAGUUGCAGAGGUAUCAGGAAAACUCUGAACUGUUUCAAGAAGAUACAAGGUACCCUGAACAGAUGCAGAGAGAUCAGAGAGAAUUUGGACUGUUUCAGACAGACACAGGGUACCAGAGUCACUUGGUGACACACACAAGGUACUCUGAACAGAUUCAGAGAGAAUCUGGACAGGUUCUGACAAACACAGGGUACCAGAGUCACUUGACAACACACCCAAGGUACCCUGAACAGAUGCAGAGAGAAUUUGGACAGUUUCAGACAGACACAGGGUAUCAGAGACACUUGGCAACACACACAAGGUACCCUGAACAGAUGCAGAGAGAAUUUGGACAGUUUCAGACAGACACAGGGUACCAGAGACACUUAGCAACACACACAAGGUACCCUGAACAGAUGCAGAGAGAUCAGAGAGAAUUUGGACAGUUUCAGACAGACACAGGGUACCAGAGACACUUGGCAACACACACAAGGUACCCUGAACAAUCUCAAACAGUCAGGAGACAACCAAUUGAACAUGAAGAUAAAAAGACUGAAUUGGUUACUCCCAAAGACUCUAAAAUUUGAAUCUACUAUAAGAGUGUUGUGAUGUUUUUCAAAAGAGACUCAGUGAAACACAGACUUAGUUCCAUUAGCAUUACUAAAGUAGGUACUGAGUUUUCUGUAAAGAAAAUUACCCUGCUGAAGACUACCUUCUUUCCCGGAGGAAGAAGCAUAUCUAAUUUUUUUAAUGACAUGGGAAGCAAGGUUUAACGCUGGCGUUAAAUAUCCUUGUGAUCUGUGAAAAGUUACCAACUGGAUUAGAUGAGAUGUUUUAAUCCUUUUCACAUCAGUCUGCUCAUGACCAUCCCUAGUUCUAUGAUACAAAACUUCCUGUUCUAAAAUGAUCUGAAUUAAAACCUUCUGUCAUCAAAAUUUCAUGUUAAUUUAUUUUCCAAAUCUAAAUGUAUUUUACAUAUUUACAGAAGAGAAAACACACAAACUUUGGUUUGAUGCAAUUUGAAUCUCAAGCUAGACAGAGUUUGAGCCAUCUGCUCAACCCCUGUGCUAUUUAUUUGAACUGAUCUCAGUUGAAAAUAAAAAAAAAAACAAUUAUGGAUUA